GUGGACCUGGGUCCCCUGCUUUAGAGUAAGGAGCUUCACAGCUUUGGUAGGCGGCCGUGGCCAUGAUGGCCCAGGGGAGCCUGGUGGCCAACCGAGGCCGGCGCUUCCAGGGGACCAUUGAGCUGAGCGGGCCUGGAGGAGGCAGCAGAAGCCAAAGUGACCAGGGCAGUGGCCAGGGAGACUUGCUGUACCCUGUCGGUUACUUCGACAAGCAAAUGCCUGAUACCAGCGUGCAAGAGACAGAGCGGACCCUGGUGGAGAAGCGCUGCUGGGACAUUGCCUUAGGUCCCCUCAAGCAGAUUCCCAUGAACCUCUUCUUCAUGUACAUGGCAGGUAAUACGAUCUCCAUCUUCCCUACUAUGAUGGUGUAUAUGAUGGCUUGGUGGCCCAUUCAGGCACUUAUGGCCAUUUCAGCCACUUUCAAGAUGCUAAAGCUUCUUCAGGGUUUGAUGUAUCUCAUUGGAAACCUCAUGGGUUUGGCAUUGGCUGUUUAUAAGUGCCAGUCAAUGGGACUGUUGCCUACACAUGCAUCAGACUGGUUAGCCUUCAUUGAGCCCCCUGAGUGGAUGGAGUUUAGUGGUGGAGGAUUGCUUCUGUGAACAGGAGAAAGAAGCACCUGGUACCUAUGUAUUGGGAUCUCAUUUACAACCUUCUUUUUGUGCCCAGUGGCUCCUUCUCAGCAUACUAAU